GAGAUGUCGCAAGUUUAACUUUCAAAUGAUAACUUAAAUCUACCUAGAUAAUUAGAUUUAAUAUAUUUUUAUUUCAUAUUCAUUCUUAUCUUCAUCUUCCUCUCAUUUUCAUCUUUAAGUUAUUCUUCUUCUUUCUUCUUUUCGAAUCUAUGUUGAAGUUCAACUCCCUUCUUGGUCGGGCGAACUGAGGGGAAGUGUAUUUCGCAGGUGCGCAAUAACGCAUCGUUACAUUUACAGCCUUGCCAGGUACCUAGAACCAUCAUUUCAACCAUUCAAAUUUCCAACCCCAUUUUCUUUCCCUUCCUCCCAAUUCUCUCAUUUGUCCUUAUCCUUUCCAUUACAAUUUACCUUCUUCAAUACAUCCCAUAUUUACUAUUAUAUACCGUCACAGGCACUGGGUACAUCUCGAUGAUUUGCAAGCAGGUUCCGAGCUCCUGGUAUAGGAGCGAGUGUUAUCAGAAUGGAUAGGAAAGGGGAUAUCAGGGCCAGCUCGAGGCCGAGUGACCUCAGCUGUUGCCCGUGGGUCGAACGUCCGCCCAGUCGGAAUACCGUCAGUUUCGGUGUAACUAAUUCCGCGGACCAAGACCAUAUCCCUAUCCAUCCACUCACACACUCCUCCGCCACCACCACCACCGCCGCCGCCGCCGAACUACCGCUUCCUACCCAUCCUCUCUCCCGCCACCUCACCAAGUCAAUGUGCAGAGCACUCGAUUCCAAUUCAAGAUCCUUUCUGCCACAAAAUCAACUCAAUGCCCUUACCCCGCCAUUGGUGAAAGAAGAGCUUAGAAGGGCUUUGCCCUCACUGCCCACAUCUGUCCUUGAUAACUACACCACACAAAUCUUCGGAACCCCGAUUGAAAGUUCUAUUGAUCAAGGAUCUCUGAAGGAGACUCGGCGGCCGAUCACGGCAGUAUCAACAUGCUUGAAUGAUCGGCCAGCGCCUUUCCUAAGGAUAUUCGCCAUCUUAGUUCUCCUCGGAAAAGUAGAUUGUGUGCCAUCAUUUAUAACGGGAAUGUUCACGGACUCCUUACUCCCGAUUGACUAUGACGGCUUCUUGGACGCAUGGGCCCACCAACACAAGACCCCGUCAGCGGCAGCAACACUCAAGCAGUGCUUCAGUGACUGGACCAUGUCUUCUAUUGAAGCUUUUAUCAGGACUCAAUACGUAGUACUGAGUCCGGUAAUUGGAAGACUAGAUGACAUUGCUCUUUACAGCUUCGCCGACAAAAUUAUCCUUCCAUUCCUCGAGGACGACGAUCCCACAACGCCGUCUACCAAAAUAGGGGGGUAUAGUAGCGUGCGCAAAGUCAAGCUCCAUCCGUCACACAACAGCUUCAGACGAGCACAGGGGAACUCCACGUUCGCAUUGAAGAGGCUACAAUCUUGUCGCAUCGAGGAUUUCCAACGUGAGGUUACCGCUCUUAAGCACUUCGCAACCUCCUCACACCCUCACAUCGUCAACAUCCUAGCAGCAUUCCGACAUGGGGCGUCGUUCUACCUCCUCUUUCCCUGGGCCGAAGGCGGCGAUCUGCGCUCGUUUUGGAAACAAAAUCCUACGCCAACACUGGACAGUUCUCUCUGUCAACAUUUUGCAGAGCAAUUUCUCGGAAUCGCUACUGCUAUAUAUCAAAUCCAUUACGGACGAACAACCAAACAUCAAAAUAGUGCUAGUCCGGUCACUAUCCCAAUACAAGGGCAACAUGGAGAUAUCAAACCUGAGAACUUCCUUUGUUUCCAAGAUCACACUGACCUCGAACAACCCACCCUAGUACUGAGUGAUUUUGGUCUAGGGCGUUUUCACAUUCGGGAAGGAAGGCAAGACUCUAGUCGCCCAAUUGGGUUUUCACCUACGUAUCGUGCCCCCGAGCUUGACGUAAAGGGGACCGUGGACGAAGCCUACGAUAUCUGGUCCCUCGGAUGCGUUUUUCUCGAGUCUAUCACCUGGUUGCUUCGUGGUUGGGAAGGGGUUAAGUGUUUCGCUGAAUCUCGAGCCCUCUCUACAUGGUUAGCUAGCGAAGGACAACAGAAGGGCAACAGCUUCUUCUGGAUUGAGGGCAAACCUGGCGCAGGAAAGACACUUCUCUCAAAAGGUGUCAUAACAUGGAUCGACAAACUUGCCAGUGAUAGAGAAGCGAGUCCUUUCCUCAUUGACUUGCUGAACUUGACGCAGGACCAUCUCCUCGUUACCGACUGGAAGGCGAGAGCUAGCAGCUCAUUCCUCGUCGAAAAACUACAAUGUCUUCGGCAGAGAUGCUUGGAGGAUCCAAUAUACACUGUAGCCAUCCCAUCGCCACGGAAACCACCGUGGCCAACCUCUAAACUCACAAACCUCCCCCAAAGCGAUCUUCUAGCAUUAGCUAGCCAAAAACGAAUGAUUCGAGCCAAUAUGGCCCAAACACCCAAUUUUGAUGAUUUUGACUAUCUAGAUCCAAUGAUGGUAUCACCUGAGAGUCUAUGUUGGUCCAAUGCCAACGAGCAGCCACAUGGCGCAAAUCAAGAUGCAAAUUUCUUCGACACCCUAGUUGAUAAUACACAAGCUACGGAUAAUGUUCCGAGCCACUACCCACCGAGUACAACAUCACACCAAUCUGAUCAACAACCUCCUGAAGGCCCUCAUGGCCGAAGACGAACUUUAGAUGAUGCUCUAGGUCCCAGAGAUAUGGGAGACCAACGAAAGAAGAAGCCACGCAAAGCGAAGGCAAAUUCGGCACAAAAUACCUCAAAAAAUAAACGAAAUUCCUUAGACUUUUCCCCCCAAAAGUCACCAGAGGUUCCCAAACCAAUAGGAACAACCCAAGAGUUAUUCUUUGCCUGCCCCUUUUUCUUGCGGAAUCCCGCUGAAUAUGGUUCGAAAACUUGGAAAGCAUGUAUUGGAUCCAAUCCCGGUUGGAAACUAUUCAGACUGAAAGAACAUAUCCACCGUGUUCAUUGCUCAUCUAGCUAUAGAUGCGAUCGUUGUUUGGCCGAUUUCGAAGACAUUUCGGAUCUUAAACAACACCAUCGUUCAGAGCCCCCAUGUCAAAAGAAAUAUUUUAAUGUUAACGUCGAGACUAUUGACAAGGCCCAGGCCGCCCAAAUUCGAAAAAAGCAACGAGGUACUUCAGAUGAAGAUGAAUGGAUAAAGAUGUAUCGCAUCAUAUUCAAAUUAGACUCAGAUGCAGAGACGCCAUCUCCAUACUAUAACGAUGUCCACCAAAGGCUCAACGUACAAGAAGAUAGGACAGGAGGCGAAAAGGCAAUCAAGACUCGCAUUCUCCGUCGACUAGAGGAGAAUAAUGAUAACGAACAAGACACUUUGGAAAUGACAAUUUGUCUCAAGGUUAUGCAACGGUUCGAGCAACAGCCAGAUGGAUAUUCCGUGCCUUCAUACGACAACAUACCAUCGCUCACGUAUGACCAGUCGAAUAAUACCCCCGCCAAGGCAUGCGCUGUUCAAGGAUAUCCUCCGCCGACAUCGAAGGAUGACGCAAUAUCACCAAAUAUAGUUAUCGCAAACACAGAAGACACAACCAGCGACCUUCCGUCUUGGGCGGAGUGGGAAGAAGUCUUCAGGACAAAGCAGGACAUGCCGGAUUAUGCGAAUUUCACGGACUUGGUAGGUAAUGGUGAGAUUUUCCCGGGGGAAUAAUAGGUUACCGCUUUCACUCGCUUUAUCAUCCCCCCUCUUUCGUUUGUUCCGUGGAAUUCUUCAAUCGCAGGCGUUAUGUUUAUAAAUGGCAGCGAAAAGAGAUCUGGGGAGAUGUUUCUCCUUCCGGGUUAUCUCAUGAGUUAUGACGGCAAGACAAAUCCCGUAAUUAGGGAUAGUGCUUGACUUUUUCUAUAGAAUUUUAUCAUGGAUAGGUAGUUAGGCCCAAUAAAUUUAUUAAAAAUUUUAA